CCGCCAUGGCCGAAGCUGAUAUUGCACUGAUUGGGUUGGCUGUCAUGGGCCAGAACUUAAUUUUGAAUAUGAAUGACCACGGCUUUGUGGUCUGUGCUUUUAACAGAACUGUCUCCAAAGUUGAUGAUUUCUUGGCCAACGAGGCAAAGGGAACCAAAGUGAUUGGUGCUCACUCCUUGAAGGAGAUGGUCUCCAAGCUGAAGAAGCCACGGAGGAUCAUACUUCUCGUAAAGGCUGGUCAAGCUGUUGAUGAUUUCAUUGAAAAACUGGUACCAUUGUUGGAUGCUGGUGACAUCAUCAUUGAUGGAGGAAAUUCUGAGUACAGAGAUACCACAAGACGAUGUGGAGACCUCAAGGCCAAGGGAAUUUUGUUUGUGGGGAGCGGAGUUAGUGGUGGAGAAGAUGGGGCCAGGUAUGGCCCGUCACUCAUGCCAGGAGGGAACAAAGAAGCUUGGCCCCACAUCAAGAAAAUCUUCCAAGGCAUUGCUGCAAAAGUAGGAACUGGAGAACCCUGCUGUGACUGGGUGGGAGAGGAGGGAGCAGGACACUUUGUGAAGAUGGUGCACAACGGGAUCGAGUAUGGCGAUAUGCAGCUCAUCUGUGAGGCUUACCACUUGAUGAAGGACAUCCUGGGCAUGGAUCAUAACGAGAUGGCAAAGGCAUUUGAGGAAUGGAAUAAGACAGAGCUAGACUCAUUCCUAAUUGAAAUCACAGCCAACAUCCUCAAGUUCCAAGAUACUGAUGGCAAACACCUGCUACCAAAGAUCAGGGACAGUGCGGGGCAGAAGGGCACUGGGAAGUGGACAGCUAUCUCAGCCCUGGAGUAUGGCGUUCCUGUCACCCUCAUCGGAGAAGCUGUCUUUGCUCGAUGCUUGUCAUCACUGAAAGGUGAGAGGGUUGAAGCUAGCAAAAAGCUGAAGGGUCCCCAGAAGAUCCAGUUCGAGGGAGACAAGAAAUCAUUCCUGGAGGACAUUCGGAAGGCCCUCUAUGCUUCCAAGAUCAUCUCUUAUGCUCAAGGCUUCAUGCUGCUACGACAGGCAGCCACUGAAUUUGGCUGGACCCUCAACUAUGGUGGCAUUGCUCUGAUGUGGAGGGGGGGCUGCAUCAUCAGAAGUGUAUUCCUAGGGAAGAUAAAGGAUGCAUUUGACCGAAACCCAGAACUUCAGAAUCUGCUGCUAGAUGACUUCUUUAAGUCUGCUGUGGAAAACUGCCAGGACUCCUGGCGGCGGGUCAUCAGUACAGGUGUCCAGAUCGGCAUCCCCAUGCCCUGCUUCACCACUGCACUUUCCUUCUACGACGGGUACAGACAUGAGAUGCUGCCAGCCAACCUAAUUCAGGCUCAGCGAGAUUACUUUGGGGCUCACACCUAUGAGCUCCUAGCCAAACCGGGGCACUUCAUCCACACUAACUGGACAGGCCAUGGUGGCAGUGUGUCAUCCUCUUCCUACAAUGCCUAACCAGACUGUUUCUGUUAUCUCCACAGUUCCAUAAACCAAGACAUUCCA